AUGGAGAAUGUCGAGAAGAUAUACAUCCGGAACAAAGCCGACCUGUCGGAUAAUUUUUUUUACUUCUACAAUUGGGUGAAGCUGAACUUUAACACGUGCCUCAUCAUAAGCGAGAAUAGCAGCCUCCGGAGCAGCGUCCUCUUGGAGCUGCUCAAUGGGAAGAAGCUCGUGCUGAGCGAAAUCAACGUGUGUGAAGCGUUGUUCCGGCUCACCUGCGGUGGGGUCGGCAAUGCACACGGGGGCGAUCUCACUAAUCGCUGUUGUGAUAGUUUGCGUGAGGAGGAGCUCAAGUUUUACCUGAAGGGGCAGCUUGCGAAGGACAAACCGGUCGACGAGCAGUUCCUUCAAAGGGUGGAAGCCGAAAUGGCGCUGCAGAAGGUGUUUUGCAAAGACAAACUGAGCUUCGUGGAUUUCCUUCUUUUCUCCAUUUUUAAAAAAGCCAAAGUGGAUCGAGUGGAGGACCCCCGUGGUAAGUACCCCCACCUGAGUGCAUGGCUUUCGAAAAACAAUUUUACCAUAAAGGAGGAAGACAUGAACUCCUUUGCCAGCACUAAUUUUAUCCAACAAAUUAUAGAAGACGAUUUGAAGAGGAAGAAGCACACUUGUGUGAUAACGAGGUUUCCACCUGAACCGAAUGGUUACCUCCAUCUGGGUCAUGCAAAAAGUAUAUGUUUAAAUUUCGGUCUGUCGGAAAAGUACGGAGGGAGGACGCACUUACGGUUUGACGACACCAACCCAGUGACGGAAGAAGUGCGUUACAUAGAAUCCAUUAAGGAGGAUGUCAAAUGGUUGGGGUUCGAUUGGAACGAACAUUUAUACUUCGCAUCGGAUUACUUCGAUCAAUUGUACGAAUGGGCUAUCCAACUGAUAAAGCAGGGAGAUGCAUAUGUGGAUGAUCAAUCCAUUGAACAGAUAAGGGAAAAUAGAGGAAGUUUAAAACAACCAGGGGUUAACUCUCCCUACAGGGAUAGAAGUGUUGAAGAAAAUUUAACUCUUUUUAGGAAAAUGAAGGAAGGUUUGUUUGCAGAAGGGGAGAAGGUCCUAAGAGCCAAAAUAGAUAUGUCUUCGGGGAAUAUAAACUUAAGAGACCCUAUCCUUUAUCGUAUUAUGCAUAAGACGCAUCCGAAAAGUGGAGACAAAUGGGUGAUCUAUCCAAUGUAUGAUUUUGCACACGGCCAGUCAGACUCCAUUGAAAGAAUUACCCACUCGAUUUGUACACUCGAAUUUGAAACGCAUAGACCGUUGUAUGAAUGGUUCCAGGAGAAGCUUGGCAUAUACAGAACGAGACAAAUUGAGUUUGCUCGGUUAAACGUUACCUACAUGGUGAUGAGCAAAAGGAAGUUGCUAACCUUGGUGAAUGAAAAGUAUGUGAACGGAUGGGACGAUCCACGUAUGCCAACUAUCUCAGGGAUGAGAAGAAGAGGAUACAGUCCAGAGGCGAUAAAAGAUUUCUGUAGUAAAGUUGGCGUUGCAAAGAGGGAAAAUAUUAUUUCCUAUGAGUUGUUAGAAUUGUGUGCCAGGGAAGACAUGAACAAAAAGGCCAAGAGGCUCUUUGCCAUUUUAAAACCGCUAAAAGUUGUUAUUACCAAUUUUGUUCAGAAGAAUGAACAGUUGCAUGAGCUGACUGCACUGAACCAUCCGAAGAAUGAAUCCAUGGGACAGAGGACAUUGCAAUUUGAGCAGGAGAUUUACAUCGAUGAGGAAGACUUUAGUGAAAACCCCCCCGAGAAUUUCUACCGACUAGCUCCCAACAGGACAGUCCGACUGAGGUACGCCUUCUGCAUUACGUGCCAUGAAGUUGUGAAGGAUAAGGCCACCAACAAAGUAAUCGAGCUGAGGUGCACCUACGACCCGGAGAGUAAGAGCAGCGCAAAUGCAAAUCAAGGCACAGUUGGUGGCAACCAAGGUGCAGUUGGUGCCAACCAGAGCAGUGCGGAAAAUUCGAAGAAGGUAAAAGCCACCAUCCAUUGGGUAGCCAAGUCGAACGCCCAAAAGGCGCAGUUCAGAAUUUACGACAAGCUCUUCACAAAGCCGAACCCGGAGUCGAACGAGGAGGAUCAAAAUGUGGAAAAACUUAUGGAAAAUUACACAGUACAGUUGGACAAGAAAAACGUUUCCACGGAGGAGGAAAACCUUCCCCUGGAAAAGCAAAGCGAAGUGGAAGAAAACAACCUGGGCUGGAGAAAAUACAUCAACAAAAAUUCCCUACAGAUUCAUCAGGGUAUCGUGGAAAAGUACGCAUCUAAUUGCAACGUGGGAGAAGCCAUUCAGUUUGAACGUAUCGGCUUCUUCACUAAGGACAAGGAUUCCACGGUGGAUUGCCCCAUAUACAAUUUGACUGUUGCGCUGGUCGAGAAUAGUGCGAUUAAGAAGAAGAAGGAGGAUCUCGUGAAGAAGGAGUUGGACCGUCUGAAGAGGGAGAAAGCUGCCUCCGAUCGACGCCUCAAGAGGGAGGAACGCAAGCUGCGUGAGCAACGCAAGUUGGAGCAGGCGGCGGGGGCCAAGGGCGAUGCGAACCAAAUAUAG